AUGUCGACCACCUCCACCCCCAACAGCGCCUCAAUGAUGUCUGAUGCGCCCUUCGCGCCCUCCGGAGGCAUCUCCACGCCCACGGAUACCAUGUCGAUGGCUACACCUCCCCCAACAGCCACCUCCCAGGUUUCAUCCUCCUCCUCAUCGACUACCACCACCACUGCCGCCGCUAUGACCGGUAUGAACGCCACUGCCAGCGAUAGUCCGUCUACUCGCCCCGCCUCGCGCCGUCCCCCGCGAAAAAGCACACUUACACAGCAACAAAAGAACCACAAACGCCAACGCGCGACUCAGGACCAGCUAGUCACCCUCGAGAUGGAAUUCAAAAAGAAUCCCACUCCAACAGCCGCCGUCCGGGAGCAGAUCGCCGAAAACAUCAACAUGACCGAGCGUUCAGUGCAGAUCUGGUUCCAGAACAGGCGCGCUAAAAUCAAAAUGAUUGCGAAACGGGGCAUCGAAACGGGAGAAGAUUGCGAUGCGGUCCCCGAGUCAAUGCGCAGGUACCUUGCACUGCAGUUGGAUCCUGCUGGCUCGAACGCGCGAAAUAUGCUAGGCCGUGCGGGGGGAUAUCCCUCGAACGAGCCCAUGAUGCAUUCCGCCACCUCGUCCAAAGUCGUGAUCCAGCAUUUUGCGUGCCGCUCCCUUCGCAUUGGCACUUGGCGUCGUGUUGGCCAAAACACGAUGGACCUGGUCAUCUUCUACUCUCCAGACCAGGCUUGCAUGACGUAUUACAUCAACAACGACUCGGCCGGCUACAAGAUCGAGUACCCUUUCUCGCAUAUUAAAAACAUCAUCCUCGAGCCGGGCGAUCCCGUGCCACCUCUGGAUGGCGCCCUUCCUCGAUCCGGUGGUCUAGUUAUCGAACUAAACCGCCCUCCAAACUUCUACAUGGAUUCCUCCAACUCUGGCGGCUUCUAUCAGUGCGGCGACUUCACAGAGGAGCAGCAGGCUACCAAAUCGCUUAUCCACCACCUAGGCGGUCAUCCAAAGGUUCUAAGUGUCCAGCUCGCAAAGCUUGUCUCCCUCGAGACCUUCCAGAACCGCCAUGCACAGUCCUACCCGUUCACACCAAACACCCCAUUUAUAGACGGCUCUCCUCAAUUUGUUCAGAUACAUCGUCCUGCAUCGCAGCCCAACCACCUCUCGCGAGCCCAAAACCGCCUCUCAGUCGACAAUCACCUUUCCGUCGGCCUGCACCCAAAUAGAGGCCAUAAACGGCAACGUAGCAGAUCUGUUCCUGGCCCUGUCGACUUUGCAGCCUUACACGCCAUGCCGGCGUUCCAUUUCCAGCCUACAAGCCAUUUCCAACCAAGCGCUACACACCAUCAUGAGCACCAGCAACAGGAUAUUUACGCUCCAGUGCCUCUUGCGCACUCCCAAUUCCAUCUGCCAUUGAACAUGACGGAGUCUGACCUCCACGUCGACACAUCCGCAACGCAGCCACCACCGUCGUUCAGUAUGUAUCCCGCCUCAGCAACCACUUCUGCGGCCACACCUGCAACGGAGUUUGCAUCCACCCCGCUGUUCAGCAGUGCAUCGGAUCAACCCCAGUCGAUGGGUACGCCGUACAGCCUACCCUUCCUCUCGCCCUCGCCUGCUGUCGAUAUUGACAUCGACAUCGACCCUCUGACCAUUCCCCAGCAACAUCACAACCAGUCAAACACGCACGCUCACUCACCACCGUUAACUUCCACUCAACGUUCAUCGCCUGCUAACAUGUUUGGUUCCUCCACUGUUACAACAGCGGGCGUUGACGACGGUAUAUUACUAAGCGACCUCUACGCUAAACAAAACCUAGGGUGUAGCGGAUCCAUCUCCUCUCCAGGCAUGGAAAUGGAUGAGUCUUUUUCAAUGACGUUCCAGGGUAUGCGUGGCCAUGGACACGGGCACGGCAUGAUAGGCAUGGGGUUUGACAGCGGUACAGUGGACCCAAGUAGCCUUGCUGCCGAGUCUUAG